AGCGAGGAAGGAAGGAAGGAAGUGGAGGAUUCCAUCCAGCUUCCCUUUUCCUCCUCCACCUGCCGCCGCCGAGCGCGACCAUGGCGUCGCCGCCGUCCGUCCCCGCCGCGACGCUCCGACAUCCGGGCCUCCAGGUAGGAUGUGGCCUCCUCCUGCGCUCAGCCGGCGAACCCUGCCUCCGCGCCACCCUUCCGUUCAGGUUAGGUGGACUGUCAUUGAGGAAGUGCCACACAGGCGCUAGGGCUGUGUCAGCCACGAGAAGUCCCGGUUUGGGCAAUGCAGAGAAUCUGCGUGAGGGUUCGAGCUUGUCUAGGAGCUGGGAUUUAGACCGACAGAUUGGUGAUAACCAUGAUGUUCUGAUAGAAUGCAGGGAUGUGCAUAAGUCCUUUGGAGACAAGCGUGUUUUGCAAGGCGUCAGCUUCAAGAUUAGACGUGGUGAAGCUGUUGGAAUAAUCGGUCCUUCGGGAACUGGCAAAUCAACUAUUUUGAAGGUUAUAGCAGGCCUUCUAGCUCCCGACAAGGGUGAGGUCAUCAUCUGCGGAAAGAAAAGAAAUGGCUUAGUUAGUGAUGAGGACAUAUCAGGUCUCCGGAUUGGCUUGGUGUUUCAAAGUGCGGCGCUGUUUGAUUCUCUCAAUGUUCGUGAAAACGUUGGAUUCCUUUUAUAUGAAAACUCCAACUUGCCUGAAGAGCGAAUAGGUGAACUAGUGGCAGAAACCUUGGCUGCAGUAGGCCUAAAAGGUGUCGAAGAGCGAAUGCCAUCUGAACUGUCCGGUGGCAUGAAAAAGCGGGUAGCCCUUGCUCGUUCAAUAAUAUAUGAUGAUACGAAAGAAACAAUAGAGCCAGAGGCGCUUUUAUACGAUGAACCUACAGCUGGACUUGACCCUAUUGCAUCCACUGUUGUUGAAGACCUUAUACGUUCCAUGCAUGUGACUGGGAAAGAUGCUCUCGGUAAGCCGGGAAAAAUAGCAUCCUAUGUGGUCGUCACUCAUCAGCACAGCACAAUAAGAAGAGCUGUUGAUAGGUUGUUGUUUCUCCACGAGGGAAAGGUAGUUUGGGAAGGAAUGACACAGGAAUUCACAACCUCAACAAACCCUAUUGUACAGCAGUUUGCAUCUGGUAGCCUGGAUGGACCGAUACGAUACAUCUGAGGAUUUAUCGAAGCGUCUGUCGAGCAUUCGACACCCUCCUACACCAGCAUCCACGUUGCCUCAUCUUAGAGAGGCAUCGGCAACCAAAAACAUGCAAGUGGCGGUGCCAUUGGGCUCUGGAGAUAGAUGGUGUCAUUCAGUAACUAAUAGCUCUGUUUGACACACAAGAAUGUAACUCUUCAUUCAUUGGACCUUAAGUGGAAUAAACAGCAAAAGAAAUUGUUAAGUUAGAUGUCCCCAUUGAUGAGUUUCUGAGUUGAUGUAAAUGUCAUUCUCUUCCAGAAUCCAGAACUCAUUUUUUUGUUUUGUUCAUGUUAUGUCUAAUUGUAAUGUUUUAUGGACAACGAAUGAAUGCGUCCAUGAAUGAAUUGUAAAGUAGUACUAUUGGUUUGUAAUGUGCUGAAACAUUGAGUGACACCA